UUUGCUAUGGCAAGUUUCAAACACUUUCGAAAAUCACAGAAAACAGAAUUGUCAAGAAAUUAUGAAUAUUAGAAAGAAAUUACAAAGUUAUGUCAUCAUGUAUAAGAGCGUUAUUACAUAUUGCUGUAUCUAUUGUUAUUUUUGUGCUUCACUCUGACGAGGUAUCCUUAAAUGGGUAUUACACAUCCAACUUAAAGAAAUACAAUCUAGUAGUGCCACAUAAAUUGACAAAGCGUGGAGAAUUUUUAACUUUUCAUAUACCGCAGUUCUUCAAACAUAAUUUUUUUCGCUCGAGGAAGAAGAGGUCAUUGGAUGAUGAUGAAGCUGUGAACUAUGGAAUAAGAUUUUUAAAUAAGAAUUAUCAUGUGACACUAUGGCCCAAUCAUGAUUUCGUUUCUCCUGAUGCAGUAACCGAAAGUAGAAGACCGAAUGAGAAAAUAAGAAAGAGGGAUAUCAACAAGGUUAACACCGAAAAGCUCUGCCAUUUUAGUGGUAUUGUGAGAAAUAUCCCAGAUUCAAGAGUCGCCUUUUCGACUUGUGAUGGUUUGGCUGGCUUUAUGACAAUCGGUGAUAAAAUGCUGUUCAUCGAGCCUCUUAAGGAUCAUCGAGCAAACAAGUAUGGACACCAUCUCCAUUUAGUGUACGAAGAGGAAGAUAAAAUCAGGGGUAAAAAGAAAUGUGGAACAACCAACGACUGGAAGAGAUCGUGGAAAGAAAAUCUAAAAAGACGCGCCUUACGUAAUUUCCGUUCGAGAAAUCGUAGAAGAGAUACAAAAAGUUUGGACGAUGUAGACAGGUAUCUGGAACUGCUGAUUGUUUGUGACAAGAAAUUCGUCAAUUUUCAUAAGCGUAUUCACGAGAUCGAGAAUUAUAUUCUGACCGUCAUCAAUAUGGUAUCCGAGUUGUUUCGUGAUCCAAGCAUUGGUUUCGACAUAGACUUACAAGUGGUGCGAAUCAUUUACUUGGAGAAGGAGCAAGAGGAGGUUGACUUGGCUAUAUCGAAUCAUGCGAAUAACACUCUCGAAAGUUUCUGCAACUGGCAGAAGAAGAUAAAUCCUUUGGACAUAAAGAACCCAAAUCAUCAUGAUAUAGCAGUGCUUGUUACCAGGCAUGACAUUUGUGAAGGAAACUCUUCUUCUGAUUGUGGUAUUAUGGGAUUGUCAUAUAUCGGAGCACCUUGUAUAGAAGAGAAAUCCUGUGUUAUCAGCGAGGAUACUGGCCUUAUUCUUGGUUACGUUAUGACUCAUGAACUCGGUCAUGUAAUGGGAUGUGCCCAUGAUGAUCCAGAAGAAUCAGGAUGCAAAGCGAAAGACAAAGAUGGCUCAUACUUCAUCAUGUCUCCUGUUGUGCAUGUACAUACACUUCGCUGGUCGCCAUGCAGCAGGGCGUUCAUCGAGGAUCUAUUUGAAAACGAGUUGGGAGAAUGUCUAUUCGAUAAACCAGAAGUCUCCCUAUAUAAGCAGACUAAUAUUUUACCAGGAGUUAUAUACGAUGGUCAAGCACAAUGCGAAAUGAGUUUUCCUGGAUCGCGAUUAGAAACCACUAAUGAAGAAACGUUUUGUGAGCAGCUUUUCUGCAGGGUCAACGGUUCCUUAUGUGUUAGUACUGGCGAAACUGUGGUGGACGGUACCAAAUGUGGAGAAAAUAAGUGGUGUUUUCAAACCAAAUGCAUCGAAGCUGGACAACGACCAAAAGCAGUAAAUGGAGGUUGGAGCGAAUGGAGUCCACCUACAACCUGCUCAAGAACUUGCGGUGGUGGUGUUACCAUGAGCGAAAGGCAAUGUAACAAUCCUAUUCCCGCAAAUGGUGGACGCUACUGUAUUGGAGAAUCGCAGAAAUUUUGGAUUUGUAAUACGGAACCAUGUCCUCCGGGUGAUCCUACUUUUCGAGACGUCCAGUGUGCCGAAGGAAAUACAAAAUCAUCCGAAGGACCAUGGAGGGCCUACUUCAAAGAUGAUGAGCCAUGCGUUUUAUUUUGUAUGAAUGAUGAGGGUAUAAUACGGAAAAUACAUCCUCGUGCCAAGGAUGGCACACCUUGCAAACCUGGCACCCAGGAUACUUGUAUUUCCGGAAAAUGUACGAAAGUUGGGUGUGACUUCUUGAUUGGUUCAGAUGCAGUUGAUGAUAUAUGCGGUAUAUGCAAUGGAGACGGUACAGAAUGUGAAAUAAUAGAAAAUUUUUACAAUCAUACUGGACAAGAUUAUGAAGAAGUAGCCCUAAUUCCCGCAGAAAGUAGAAAUAUAAUGUUUGAAGAGUUGGGCACGUCACCUAACAUUAUAGCUGUGAAAGAUACAAAAAGUAAUCGGUUUCUGCUGAACGGGGAUCACAAAGAAUCUCCAGAUAUAACAAUGUCUAUCGAUGGACAUGAAGCCUUAUACAGACAUCCAGAACCUGAUAGAGAAUUAUUAGUAAUAAAAGGACCUUUGGCAACUCACAAACUAUUAUAUGUUUGUUUCUUCAAACCAUUCACCGUUGGAUACAAAUACCGAUACGCAAGAAUGAUAACGGAUACCCGAAGAAUAGGCAUGUAUCAUUGGGAGGUACUUGAAUACGAAAAAUGUUCGGCGAAUUGUGAAGGUGGUAUUCAAGAACCCAUAAUAGGAUGUGUAGAAGAGAAGCAAGGAAAAGUUAGUCCUCGUUACUGUAAACACAUUAAGAGAAUAACAACAGAAGCAAGAAAGUGCAACGAACAUCCAUGUCGCACAAGAUGGCGAAUUGGAAAAUGGGGCAAAUGUCACGCAUGCGCCUUCCAAUCUGGGGUGAGAACCAGACAUGUGGAGUGCGUGAAAGAAUCGCCGCAUCCAGGUGCGGAAGAAAAUUUGGUGGAUGAUAACGAGUGCAGCGGUCCUAUACCGGCGUCAAAAGAACUAUGCAACGCUGUGAAAGUUUGCAGAUGCCGCAGAAGGACAACCCUAGGAAUCCCUAACCGACAACUCAGAGACGUGUGGAGACAAUUAAAAAAACUGAAUGCUAUUAAGAAAAAAGUUCGAAGGCAAGAUGACAUAGAUUCUCUACGCGAAAUGGAAGCCAAGAUUCUUAAUUGUGAAGAAAUACCUGAGGAUUUGGAAACUUUAACAGAAAAGUCGGAGAAAGAUUCGAAAUGUUCGCAAUCCAUCGCACACGAAAAAUCAUCCACCACUCAAUGUUCUAAAACACACCCUAAAGAAGAACACGUACAGCAAGAAAAUAAAACAGGAAUAACUGGUACUGUUGAAGAGAAAAAAGUGGAGGAUGAAUGUAAUAAUGAUAAUAUCGAAAAAAACAUAUCUUCUCCUUCUCCUGAUAUUUGUGAAGAAAAGGAAACGAGACCAAAGUGUCCCUCCAACUCGUCCCACGUCAAAAUUAAAAAUAAAAAGCUAUUCAAUAAUAAAAAAAAUAAAAUUUGCAAAGUAACCACCGUAAAACCGAUAUGUGAUGAAUUUCAUUUCACACCAUAUGAAUCAGUGGAUUCUAAUGGAAAAGUAGUCAAGGUAAACGUUGGGGACUUGUAUGUGGACAAGAAGAACAAUGUUGAGUCCAAAAUAAUUGAAGUUCCUUUCAAAGAAACAUCCUUAACAAUGAACUCAUCAGAUUCGGCUUUUCAACAGUUGGGUGAUGAGUUCGGCGAUGAAAUUUUAGUGGAUGAAGCGAAGACUCUAUCUGGUCAAGAGGCCAAAAAGGAAACCAAUAAAAUAAGACGGAAGUUGGGUCAUGUUUCAAACCAACCAUAAUAAUUUGUUAUUUUGAAAUUGAAUAAAGUCUAUUUCAUGAA